AUGGCUCACGGACCGGACAGAGACAUCCAUGGUAGGACAGCACACCACACAUGCGUUCGGCGAGAACGGGCGGUGCGUACAAUAUCUCAGGUGACUGAUGGAGCUGCGGUUGUACCUGACCCACCUUCUACAUCCGACACACCCGCUUCAGCCGGGCCCAUUCCUUCACCUGCAUCAGCCAGACACACUCCAUCACCCGCUUCAGCUGGGCCCAUUCGUUCACCUGCAUCAGCCAAGCCCACUUCAUCUACGUCCACUACUCCAUCACGGAGACCUCAGGAUGAUCCUAAGGGUACUUUUACGUCAGAGUUGCCACCACCCUCACGCAGAGUUCGUCGGGGCAGUACUUCUUCUGCCGGACCACCUCUUGAGGUACACGAGGAUGAUCGGGAGGGGGCUGGAACUACUGUGGAUGCAUCUAUGGAAGGAGAAUUUUUUUUUUCAAAAUAUGAGGUGCUUCCGGAGAUCCAUCUACGAAAGUUGGGGGCAAAAAUGAAAAUUUCUGUAGUGUGUAAGAAAUCCAUGGAGUUGGUUGAAAAAUUUUCUUAA